UAGCUUUUUUAGUUAAAAGUUAAGAAACAGUUUCUUAACUUCCGCUAAGAACUCCAUCCUAAGAACCCCGGGUUAAUCAUGCUCUUAUUCUUCUUGAGUAAAAAAAACAAAACAAAAACGAAUCCAUCUUUUUUCUUCUCGAAGCUCGUGUCUUAGCUAGGAGACAAAGUUAUUUAAGCACGUGGAAAAUGGAAAAAAAGCCAUGGAUGGACACAACCAGGCUUGUCAUUUUUUUUCAUUUCUCGUUUUAAAUCUUGUCAAAUGAUCGUGGGAGUUUGAAACGAUAGAUCUUUUUUUUUUUGUUUCUUUGGGUUUUAGUCUGUACGAGAGAUUAAAUGAACAUGAAUGGACUCUGAUUCAAAUACAACGGUUAUCAUGAAAUGAUCAUUUGCAUCAUGUGUUGUGAAUGUCAGAAUGUGUAACUUCGUGGAAUUAUCAUGCUUACGUAUGCGGAAUAAUUAUAGUAACUAAAAAAAAUACUCUUAAACGAAGAAUCAAAAAUGAAAAGGAUGUAUCAGCAUCAAGAUAUACAUAUAAGAAUCGAACGGUUGUAAUUAGUUAAAAUAAAAAGAGAGCAAAAACAAGGAAAUGACUAUAUAUAUAUAUUGACAUUCUCGUUUCCUCACUCAACCAAAGGCCAUUCAACUUCUGUAUUAAGUGAAAGUGUGAGAAAACCUUACAUAAAUAAUUGAAAGUGUCUUGAUAAAAUCAGAUAUAAAUCAAAUAAAAACAGUAAUCAAUAAUUCACUUGAUCUUUUUGUACUUUUUCUAAAGCUCAUUGUUCUAUAAGGUCAUUAUUAUCUGACUAUACGGUGACUGAUUAAGAGGAAAGCUCAAAUCGACCAGAGAGAUCAGUGUAUAUACUUAGCGAUACCUGGUUGGUUCAAAAUGGGGAGGACGACAUGGUUCGACGUCGACGGGAUAAAGAGAGGAGAGUGGACGGCGGAGGAAGACCGAAUGCUCGUCGCUUAUAUCAACAAAUACGGUGUCAGGGACUGGGGUGCCCUGCCUAAGAGAGCCGGUCUGCAUAGAUGUGGCAAGAGUUGUAGAUUAAGGUGGCUGAAUUAUUUGAAGCCUGGUAUUAAAAAAGGCAAGUUCACUCCUCAGGAGGAAGAUGAUAUCAUCAAAUUUCACUCCCUUCUUGGAAACAGGUGGGCAGCAAUAGCAAAGCAAAUGCCAAACCGAACAGACAAUGAUAUCAAGAAUCACUGGAACUCAUGUCUUAAGAAAAGACUUCGUAGAAGUGGGAUAGAUCCGAUGACUCAUGAGCCAAUCAAAGCCACUUCCUCCUCAACGAGGUCGUCUCCAGCACAGAGACAUUCUUCUUCUACUACUUCUUUCUCUCUUUCCUCCACAGGCUCUGUACGUCUACUUAACAAGCUUGCUGCUGGAAUCUCCUCGAGGAAACUUGCACUCGAUAGGAUCAGGACUGUGAUGAUAUCUUCGGAACCAAGAGAAGUCGAUGAAGAAGAGAAGAUGAUGAUAAGCAGCAGGAAAGAAGAGGAGAAAGUGAUUGGUUGUUUCAUGGAGAUUGAUAAGAAUCUGAUCACUACGAUGUCGUUAGAUGAGUUGGCUUGUGACUCUAGCUACUACUACUACGACGACUGGCUUCGUGGCUGCUUUCAAUGACUACUCAUCAUUGAGCCUUACGAUUUACGUUACGCGGUCGGUCCUGAGACACCCGAGACCCCAUACAAAAUAAAAUAUUUUUCAAUUAUCAUAAAUAUACUACAUGAUUAUGCAAGAACUUAUUUGCUAUAACAUUUUUGUGAAAAAAUAAACAGCUUUUUACCAUUUUGUAUAUCCAUAUUCAUGUUGUUCUAAUAAGUUUAUAUGUAUAAAAUCUUUGUCAAAAAAAUGUAUAAAAUUUAUUAGUGUAAUAUGUUUUGUUACCAUAUUAUUGAUUAAAUAAAUAAGAAUAUCAAUUUUUAUUU